UCUUUUUUAGUGGUUUUUGCUGUUAUAGAUUGAAUUUUUUUCCACUCCCCACAGGAAAGCUUAGAUAUGCCAACAACAGCAAUUACAAAAAUGAUGUCAUGAUCAGAAAGGAGGCUUAUGUGCACAAGAGUGUAAUGGAGGAACUGAAGAGGAUUAUUGACGACAGUGAAAUUACAAAAGAAGAUGAUGCUUUGUGGCCUCCCCCUGACAGAGUUGGCCGACAGGAGCUUGAAAUUGUAAUUGGAGAUGAACAUAUUUCUUUUACAACAUCGAAAAUAGGUUCUCUUAUUGAUGUAAAUCAGUCAAAGUAAGUAUGCUGAAGUAUUUUAACUAAAUUGACGUAAUUUAGGGAUGUCUGGGUGGCUCAGUCAGUUAAGU